UAUUCUCUCUUUUUUUUGUUACAAUAAAUCUGGUAUUCUGAUGCCUUAAAUAAUUGUUGGGUAUCAAAAUCUCUCUGCUUUUUAUCUCUACAGAAACAAAAUCCUACUUGCUUUUCUACACUAUAAAGCCCCAGCGCUUUAGUCACUCCGAUCAUUCCGAUAUUUCCUUCAUCCUCAAUCACUGAAUCAGAGGCCGAAAUUCGGGGAAUCUCACAUUUUCCGGUUACAAAAUCGUCAACUAGACAAAAGAAAACUCGGAUAUUCCUACUGUUUUCUUCUCAACUUUUCUCUCUCGUGUUUCCUUCAAAUCAAGCUUUUCCGCAAUUUCGCUUCCUGGGUUUGAUUUUGGUUUAACGUUGCAUCCAAGUGUCGUGACCUUUUAGCACAGAGAAGAGUUUUUCGUUCUCGUUCUCGUUUUCGUUUUCGUUUUCGUGUCUUGAGAAGACCGUUUGAGUUUCCUUGAAGGUUAGUUAACGAAAACAAAAACAAGAAAAUAGAGAGAGAGAAAAAAAAGAGUGACCGUUUGUUUGUCCGGAGAAUUGGCCGGAAUACAACUAUCUCGGGUGUACGGAAACGGCUGUUGGGGAAUUGAUAACGUUGUUGCCAACGAAGACUCUCUGUAAGAGAAGACUGAGUACCUUUGAACUACCUCCCCUCCCAUUUCGCGUUUCUCUUCCUCUCUCCUCAAAGAGAAAUCAAAUCCCGACAAUCAGUCUCUCCCUUUCUUAUCUCUCUCUCUCUCUAUUUUUAUAGCUUUUGCAACUCUGUUUUCCGGGUUGGGUGAGAGAAGACUCGUUUUUUUUAGUUUUUGGUUUCUCCCUCGCUGAAUCAGAGCGAGCGAAAACUUAACUUCGCUCUCUCCCCUCCUCUCUUUUUUCCUUGUCUCCAUCUUUUUCCAGAACAAGACGAUGAUUUUGGACAAAGGGUCAAUGCAGUCAAACCUUGAAUGCUUCCUCCAUGGUACAACCCCAGUGCUCCAACCCCAAUUCUUGCCCAAGUCUGAGAUUAGGAACCUUAAUCGGCUAUGGCACCCGUGGGAGAGAGAAAAGGUUGAGUAUUUCACAUUGAGUGAUCUGUGGAAUUGUUUUGAUGAAUGGAGUGCUUAUGGUGCCGGAGUUCCGAUCACCUUGGACAGCGGUGAGACCCUUGUGCAGUACUAUGUGCCUUACCUCUCUGCUAUCCAAAUCUUCACCAGCAAUUCAUCUGUAAAUAGCUUCAGGGAAGAAACCGAGUCAGGUGAUUGUGAGACGAGGGAUUCGUUUAGCGAUUCAUGCAGUUUCGAGAGUGAAAGUGAUAAGUUAUGGAGAUGGGAUGGAUGCUCCUCAGAGGAAGGUGGAUUUGAGCAAGACAAUAAUCUGUGGCAUCUGAAUGAUAGAUUAGGCUAUCUAUAUUUUGAGUAUUUUGAGAGAUCAACUCCGUAUGGAAGAGUUCCUCUCAUGGAUAAGAUUAAUGGAUUUGCUCAAAGAUACCCUGGCUUGAUGUCAUUGAGGAGCGUUGAUCUUUCACCAGCUAGUUGGAUGUCUGUUGCUUGGUACCCAAUUUAUCAUAUUCCAAUGGGAAGAACUAUAAGGGACCUCUCCACAUCCUUCCUCACUUACCACACGCUUUCAUCUUCUUUUCAAGACAUGGACCUUGAGGAUGAUAUGGAGAGUGACGAGCAACGGAAGAGAAAGAAAGGAGAAGGCAUCUCACUGCCUCCAUUUGGGUUGGCCACUUACAAGAUGCAAGGGAAUUUGUGGGUCUCGGGCAACUGCGGCCGGGACCAAGAGAGGCUCAUGUCGCUGUUGAGCGUGGCGGAUUCAUGGCUAAAGCAGCUAAGGGUCCAGCACCAUGACUUCAACUACUUCACCUCAAUUAGGCGUGGUGGCCAGUGCCACUACCUCUGAAGCUUUGAAAACAAAUUUCACUCGGAAAGUGGAAUCGGAAAUUGACCACAGAAAAAUAUCAUCGUCCUCUUCUCUUUGGACGUCGGAUAUUUGGUUUUUUCUGGAACCUUUGUUUUGGCCAUGAGUCUGAGGAUAUUUCAUUUGGAUUUUAGGGUGUUUUAGUGUUCAGUGUUUGACUGUGACUCCUUUUGUUGGGCUUUGUAUGUAUUUAGAGAGAGAGAUGGGUGAGGUUAGAGAGAGGCUCAUUGAGCCUUGAAUUAUGAGGUUUUAUAGUGCUUUGUGUAAUUAUAUUCUCUUGACCAUUUUUAUGGAAUUGAGAUGAAGAAAAUGAAACCUUAUGGUUUUGCAAA